UCUCACAGUCAUGAAAUAAGUGCACUGCAGGUUCAGUGUGUUUGACUAAAGUUGAUUUAUCUCCUAUUAGUUAGCUAGCUAGCGUACACGCGUAAUGUAACGCCUGCUGUCGUCUCAGUAUCUCUUCUCUCUCUCUCACACUCUUGUCUCCAGUUUUAUCGGGUGGCACAGAACCUUUGAAGAUCGGUACCGUCCACAAAACCCAGGCAAUUCCGCUGGAUUUGGAAACGUUUCUUUAGCCGUGACAGUUUAUUUGAUCCGAUACAGGAUGUCUGGACAGAGCAUUACAGACAGGAUAACCGCCGCACAGCACAUUGUCACCGGGUCGGCGAUUUCCAAAACUGUGUGCAAAGCGACCACGCAUGAAAUAAUGGGGCCUAAAAAGAAACAUUUGGAUUACCUGAUUCAGUGCACAAAUGAGAUGAAUGUGAACAUCCCUCAGCUGGCUGACACAUUGUUUGAAAGGACCACCAACACCAGCUGGGUGGUUGUCUUCAAGUCCCUCACCACCACACACCAUCUGAUGGUCUAUGGCAAUGAGAGAUUUAUACAAUAUCUGGCUUCAAGGAACACACUAUUCAACCUCAGCAAUUUUUUGGACAAAAGUGGGCUACAAGGCUAUGAUAUGUCAACAUUCAUAAGGAGGUAUAGCCGCUACCUGAAUGAGAAGGCUGUGUCUUACAGACAAGUCGCUUUUGACUUCACUAAAGUGAAAAGAGGAUCUGAUGGAUUGAUGAGAACCAUGAACACAGAGAAACUCCUCAAGACCAUACCUAUCGUCCAAAAUCAGAUGGAUGUUUUACUUGAUUUCAAUGUCAAUGCAAAUGAAUUGACAAAUGGCGUGAUCAACGCAGCCUUCAUGCUUCUGUUCAAAGAUGCAAUCCGACUGUUUGCAGCCUACAAUGAGGGCAUAAUCAACCUCCUGGAGAAAUACUUUGACAUGAAGAAAGUCCAGUGCAAAGAUGGACUUGACAUCUACAAGAAAUUCCUGACACGAAUGACACGAAUCUCAGAGUUCCUCAAAGUUGCAGAGCAAGUGGGGAUCGACCGAGGGGACAUCCCAGAUCUGUCUCAGUUCACAGUUUGUGCCCCCAGCAGCCUGCUGGAUGCCCUGGAACAACACUUGGCCUCUUUAGAGGGAAAGAAAGUCAAAGACUCAACAGCAGCCAGCAGGGCUAGCACCCUCUCCAAUGCUGUCUCCUCCCUGGCCAACACCGGCAUAUCUUUUACCAGAGUGGACGAGAGGGAAAAACAAGCCGCCCUGGAGGAAGAGCAGGCUCGCCUAAAAGCACUGAAAGAGCAGCGUCUGAAAGAGCUCCAGAAGAAUCCUUCUACAGCAACCACAAAUUCCUCUCCCAUCUCCACAGUGGAUGGAACCAUCAAUUCAACUCCUGCCAUUGACCUGUUCUCCACCCACAGCUCCACCAACAGCACAUCCAAGGGAGCCAACGACCUUCUGGACCUGCAGCCAGCUUUCCAGCAGCCGCUACCUCUCUCCACCAACAACACAUGGGGAGACUCCUUUUGUGGGCCAAACCCUUACACCACCCUCUUCCAAUCUGAGCCCCCUGCUGUAGGUGGUCUAUUCAGAGGGUUCACAGCCUCCACAACACCACAGCAGCCACAGAACUCUCGAGGCCUUAAUGUUGACUUUGACUCUGUAUUUGGCAACACCAAUGCCAACAACCUGGAUUCUACAGAUGUUUUAGGUGGCAUCCUCAAACCCACAGCAGCUUCCUCACCCAAUCAGGGUAUGACCCCAGACGGCCAACAGCCCAACAAAUUGGUGUCCAAUGACCUGGACUCCUCACUGGCCAAUCUUGUCGGCAAUCUGGGAAUUGGCAAUGGCACAGCAAAGAAUGAUCUUCACUGGAGUCAGCCUGGUGAGAAGAAGCUGACAGGCGGAACCAACUGGCAGCCCAAGACAGCUCCCUCCACCACCUGGAACCCUGCGACCAUGAGCACCAUGUAUUUUCCACAAUACGCACCGUCUGUCAUGGCCUUCCCUGCAACCACACCGACAGGCAUGAUGGCAUGUGCAAUGCCUCCCCACAUGGGCUCCAUGAUGAUGACACAGCCCACUAUGAUGUACACCCAGCCUGUAAUGAGGCCGGCCAACCCCUUCGGCUCCAAUCCAGGUGCACAGUCACCCACAACUUCUAGUCCCUCCCGUCUCAGCCCCCUCAGAGCACCAGGGAAGGACCCCUUUGCUCAACUCUCUCUGCAGAAUUUUUUAUAGAACAUCUUUAGAUGCAGUUCAUGUAACCUGAGGAGGGGGGAAGUCUUUCCCAUCUGAAUAAGAUUCAUAACAACAUCAACUAUUGGAGCAAACCUGCGGUUUGCUUCUAAUUAACUGAGAAUAAAAGGCCCAAAUAAGACUUUCAAUAAAAUUACUUGGAGCGGCUUUGGCCAUCUGAGAGAACAUUGUGCCCAUCUAGUCAUGUCUGAGUUUUAGAAGGAGAAGAAGAGUGCGUGUUGCCAUUCAAAUCAUGUGGACAAAGGUCAGCCCCCACUGCAUCCUGGACUAAGAGAAACACAACACCCAAAGGGAGAGCUUUUAACAUCACUAUUUAUGUACAUGGAGACAAAAAAACAAAGUUGGGUUGUUGUCAUACAUAGACACUGUUUGAGUGUCUUUUUUGUUUUCGUUCUUCGUUCUCCAGGUGAGGCUGGGAGAGUCACCUCUUUCAAUUAUCAAUCAGAAUUACCUUCUUAAAGCAUCCUCCAAUUAGGAAAACAAUUGCAAACUAUUGUUUAUACCACGCAUUUUUGUUUUCUUUCAUCUUUCUGUACUGUUUGGAGUAGACAUUCCUUGUGUAUUAUUUGUAUUUAUUUAUGAUUACCUAUAGAGAGGAUGACAUUAUUAAGCAAAAUUCAAAUGUUACUAGUCACUGAUUUCCUUCAUGCGGAAGGUCUUCAGGUAUACACAUAGGUUUGAUUGAUUGUAGAAUUGGAUUUUGAGUGAUUGAGAUGAUUUUUUUUUUUUUUGAUUUUUUUUAAAGAAGUUAAUAUAAAGUUUAAAGAGAUGACAUGUUUUGCUGCUGUGGCACUAAAUAUUCUCUGUACUCGCAUGAUGCCUCGUACAGUUAUCUGUGGCUCGAUGGCCCACACUGAGAAUGUGUAUCAAUGUAAUGAUUCAUUAAUACCGUCAAAUCUGCAAAUCUGUGGGGGUCGAUGUCUAUGAAUUUGGCGAGGAAACAUUUUUCACCUGAGCAAAUCACUACACUUUAUGAUUGAGGCAGCAUUGCAUUAGAAAGGAAUCGCCAUUUAUACUUUUGGCACAAUUUAUUCUUACAUUUAACAAAGGUCAUUGCUGCCCUUUACCAACCUGAAUGUCCAGGGUCCUUUUCAUGCUUAGGUCAUGUUUCUAUAGGCGAGCACUGGGGUGUUUAGGACUAUGUGGGGCAUGGAGGCAUCAAGUGUAUGUUCAAGUCAGGUUAACAGGGGGUAGGGUUGGGGUGAGGUCAGUGCAGUAGAGUAGAGCACUGUUGAUCGGUGCUUUGUGUGUAUAUAGAACUGAUCCUGCCAAUCACAGGACUGGGUGGGUGUAGGUAUGAAAGAUGGCCUGGACAUGAAAGUGGCCCUUAAUCCAUUAACUGCAUAUUUGUUGCAUUGUCCCUGCAGACUAUGUUUUUGUUUGAUUUUUUUUUUUUAAUUUUUGUUCAAUAAAGUGCUAGCUUCCACACAA